CAGAUACUCCUCGACAAGGGAGCAGAUGUCAACGUCCAGGGCGGCCAGUAUGGCAACGCUCUUCAAGCUGCUUCAUUCAAUGGACAUAAGGAGGUCAUCCAGAUACUCCUCGACAAGGGAGCAGAUGUCAACGCCCAGGGCGGCCUCUUUGGCAACGCUCUUCAAGCUGCUUCAUUUAGAGGACAUAAGGAGGUCAUCCAGAUGCUCCUUAAUAAGGGAGCAGAUAUCAACGCCCAGGGCGGCCACUUUGGCAACGCUCUUCAAGCUGCUUCAUUUAAAGGAAGCAAAGAGGUUAUUCAGAUACUCCUCGACAAGGGAGCAGAUUUCAACGUCCAGGGCGGUCAGUAUGGCAACGCUCUUCAAGCUGCUUCAUUGAAGGGAAACAAGGAGGUUGUUCAGAUACUCCUCGAUAAGGGAGCAGAUGUCAACGCCCAGGGCGGCCACUUUGGCAACGCUCUUCAAGCUGCUUCAUUCCAUGGACAU